UAGUCGUUGCACUCCCCCGACAGACUCGCUCGCAUGAAUGGAAAGAUAUUUGCUAUAAAAGCCUCGAUUUAGGAAUGUAAAGAUUUACGAGUUCACAUUUUUAGUCUUUACCUGUCGAUUUAAAGCGGGGGGAGUCUCCCCUUUGUUUCAACUUUAACGUGUUGCUUGUUUGUUGUGUGUAUAGCGGAGGCUAAGUUAGUUAGCUCGCUGCUAGCCUAAAAACUACCAGUCAGGCUAGUUAACGUGAACAUUACCGAGACUGUCGAGCUAGUUAAACCUGCUCCAACAACAGAGCAGAGAUGGUUGAGACUAUAUUUGACCUCCCGGUGGAGAAGCAGAUAUUUUAUGCUGUGUUGGGGUUUUCGUGGACAGUAUAUCUAUGGGAGGCAUACCUUGCUUACAGACAGCGGAGGAUAUACAGAUCAAUAACAAAUGUACCACAAGAGCUUGGGAAGAUCAUGGAUUCUGAAACAUUUGAGAAGUCACGUCUUUAUCAGCUGGAUAAAAGCAACUUCAGCUUUUGGUCUGGACUCUAUUCUGAGAGUGAAGGAACGCUGAUUCUGCUCCUCGGUGGAAUUCCAUUUCUGUGGGACGUUGCCGGCUCUGUGACAGCUCGCUUUGGAUUCACCCCAGAGUACGAGAUCACGCAGUCCCUCGUGUUUCUGACGCUUGCCACUCUGUUCAGUGCCUUUACGGGACUUCCCUGGAGUUUGUACAACACGUUUGUCAUUGAGGAGAAGCACGGCUUUAAUCAGCAGACGUUGGGGUUCUUCCUCAAAGAUGCUGUAAAGAAGUUUGCUGUGACCCAGUGUAUCCUGUUGCCUGUUACCUCACUGCUCCUCUACAUCAUUAAGAUCGGUGGAGACUACUUUUUCAUCUAUGCCUGGCUCUUUACCCUGGCUGUUUCUCUAGUACUUGUGACCAUCUAUGCUGAUUACAUUGCUCCCCUGUUUGACAAAUUCACUCCUUUACCAGAAGGAGAACUCAAGACAGACAUUGAAACAAUGGCCAGAAGUAUAAGUUUCCCCCUCACUAAGGUUUAUGUAGUUGAAGGUUCAAAGCGUUCAUCGCACAGCAACGCGUACUUCUAUGGGUUUUUCAAGAACAAGCGCAUUGUACUGUUCGACACUCUGCUGGAAGACUACUCCCCUCUCAACAAGGCUGGAGAGCCACAGCCCGAGCAGCCAGAGAGUGACGAGACUCCCAGUGAACCAAAAGCCAAGCCCAAGAACAAGAAACAAGGAUGCAACAACCCAGAAAUCCUUGCAGUCCUGGGUCAUGAGCUGGGCCACUGGAAGCUUGGUCACACUGUCAAGAAUAUUGUCAUCAGUCAGAUGAAUUCCUUCUUGUGCUUCUCCCUGUUUGCUGUUCUGAUUGGACGCAAGGAGCUCUUUGUAGCUUUUGGCUUCAAUGACAGCCAACCUACAUUAAUAGGCUUGAUGAUUAUCUUCCAGUUCAUCUUUUCUCCUUACAAUGAGCUUCUGUCCUUCUGUCUGACGGUCCUGAGUCGCAGGUUCGAGUUCCAGGCAGAUGCCUUUGCACGUGGCAUGGGCAAAGCCUCAGAGCUCUACUCUGCCCUCAUCAAGCUCAACAAGGACAACCUAGGCUUCCCAGUGGCUGACUGGUUGUUCUCCAUGUGGCACUAUUCACACCCUCCCCUGCUGGAGCGUCUCAGAGCGCUGGGCAACGUCAAGCAGGACUGACGGGGCUGGAAGGGGGAGCAGCGACCACUGCCUCCUCCAAAGGGCCUCCAUAGACCGCUCUUGGCCCUGUGAUGCACCCCACUCUUUUUCUACCUGUCCGCCCCCCUCCCUCUCUUGUUUUAUCUUGUUUUAGUGAUUUCUUUAAAUACCAUACUUUCCGUUUUGUUCCCUUUUGAAACUUUGUUUUAAACAAAACCAAAACAUAUCAGCACAAGGCAGCCUGAAAAAUAUUCCCUGAACUGAAGUUUCUGCUGUUUCUUUAAGUAGAGACACCUACUAAUGCACUUGCUGAGAGCAAUCCAUCUGGGGCAAUGUGUGUUUAACAAAAGCUAUUGUCAGCACAUAGGUCACAUUUUGCAGAUUGGCCUAAUAGUUUAGUUUUUGAAAUUAUUUAAUUUCUGCACAGUUUAUGUGUAAUUUUGUUCUCCUGUAUGAUUCUUAUAAUAACAUGACAUCCAACUACUAAAAGCAUAAGAGUUUUUUUGUUUUUUUUAAAGAAAAGCUUAUGAACUGGUAUACUUUGAAUUCCAUUGGUUGUAAAUAUCAAGAAAGGGGGUGAAAAAAGACAUGGCAGUUAAACAGAUCACCCCUUACUUAAUCAUGAAUAUGCUUUUUACAGACACACAGGCCAGAAUAUGGUAUGUUCCUCAAGUGCAGCCGUUGCUUCUUGAGCAAUAUGUCCAGACAAACUCAAGAGUGUAGAGGAAAGAGGAACUAUGUAGAUGCUUUAUCACAGUGACAAAAUGUGAGUGCCUCUAAUUAUCUGUCUUUGUUCUGGUUAUUGACAUCAUUACGAACAGAGCAGUGCACAAAUUUUCUUUUUAAGUUAGGUUAGACUUGUGAUUUUCAUUUUUUACAAGCAUCUUGGGGGGAUCUUGUUUUACUUCUAAUGCACUUGCUUGCUGACAAGGGUCCAACCAUACCUGUACAUAUGUAACUUUGACAAGUAGAGUAAUGGCGUAUGAAGUGAAUUGUGAAAAGUGUUGAAUGUGAUUUGAAAUUUUAAGUUGAUAACGGUGUUAAUCUUAGUUUCUUCUCUUGAUUUUGGGCUGGAAUGAGCCCAGAGUUGCCUGGCAAGCAAAGUAUUUAUAGGGGACUUAGAGGGAGGGGGUCUGUGAAGUACCUUUCACCACAUAAGCCAGCGUUUGGUUUGCUCAAAGAGGGGAGCAUAUACUUUCUUUGCAGCGUUGAAUAAAAUCCUUCAAAGCAUU